CCCUCGGCGGGGAGAUGAACGCGCAGCUGGACGGCCUGUCGGUGAGCUCGUCCUCCACCGGCUCGCUGGGCUCCGCGGCCGGGGCGGGCGGCGGCGGCGGCGGGGGCGCGGGGCUGCGACUGCUGUCUGCCAACGUGCGCCAGCUGCACCAGGCGCUGACGGCGCUGCUGAGCGAGGCGGAGCGGGAGCAGUUCACGCACUGUCUGAACGCCUACCACGCGCGCCGCAACGUCUUCGACCUGGUGCGCACCCUGCGCGUGCUGCUGGACAGCCCGGUCAAGCGGCGUCUGCUGCCCAUGCUGCGGCUGGUCAUCCCGCGCUCUGACCAGCUGCUGUUCGACCAAUACACUGCCGAGGGUCUCUACCUGCCCGCCACCUCCUCCUACAGGCAACCCACCUGGGGCGGCCCCGACGGCGCGGGGCCCGGGGAGGUGCGCCUAGUGAGCCUGCGGCGCGCCAAGGCCCACGAGGGCUUGGGCUUCAGCAUCCGCGGGGGCUCGGAGCAUGGCGUGGGCAUCUAUGUGUCGCUGGUGGAGCCAGGCUCUCUGGCCGAGAAGGAAGGGCUGCAAGUCGGGGACCAGAUUCUGCGUGUCAACGACAAAUCCCUGGCCCGGGUGACCCACGCUGAGGCCGUCAAGGCUCUCAAGGGCUCCAAGAAGCUGGUGCUGUCGGUGUACUCAACGGGGCGCAUCCCUGGCGGCUACGUCACCAACCAUAUCUACACCUGGGUAGACCCCCAAGGCCGCAGCAUCUCUCCACCCUCGGGCCUGCCCCAACCCCAUGGCAGCACCCUACGGCAGCACGAGGGUGACCGGAGGAGCACCCUACACCUCCUGCAAGGCGGGGAUGAGAAGAAGGUGAACCUGGUGCUGGGGGAUGGCCGGUCCCUGGGCCUCACCAUCCGUGGGGGAGCCGAGUACGGCCUGGGCAUUUACAUCACUGGCGUGGACCCGGGCUCUGAAGCGGAAAGCAGCGGGCUCAAGGUUGGGGACCAGAUUCUGGAGGUGAACGGGCAGAGCUUUCUCAACAUCCUGCACGACGAAGCGGUCAGGUUGCUCAAGUCAUCCCAGCACCUCAUCCUGACGGUGAAGGAUGUCGGGAGGCUGCCCCGUGCCCGAACCACCGUGGACAAGACCAAGUGGAUUGCCAGCUCCCGGAUCGGGGACACCGCCACGAACUCAACAGGCUUUCCUGGGGAUCUCACAGCAGAGGGGACCAGCAAGCUGGGGUUUUACAAGGGGCCGGCCGGCUCCCAGGUGACCCUGAGCAGCCUGGGGAACCAGACGCGGGUGCUGCUGGAGGCGCAGGCGCGGCACCUGCUGAGCGCGCGGGAGCGUGCCACCAUGGCCUACUACCUGGAGGAGUACCGCGGCGGCAGCGUGUCCGUGGACGCCCUCGUCAUGGCCCUGUUUGAGCUGCUCAACACCCAUGCCAAGUUCUUGCUCCUGUCUGAGGUGAGAGGUACCAUCUCCCCGCAAGACCUGGACCGCUUCGACCACCUGGUGCUGAGGCGGGAGAUCGAGUCAAUGAAGGCACGGCAGCCCCCCAGCCCUGUGGCCGGGGACACCUACUCCAUGGUCUCCUGCAGCGACACAGGCUCGUCCACGGGCAGCCACGGCACCUCCACCACUGUCAGCUCAGCCAGGGAGCGGCUGCUGUGGCUUAUAGACCUGAUGGAGAACACUCUGGACCUGGAGGAGACUGGGGAGGCCGUCCAGGGCAAUAUGAACACCCUCUCAGACGUUUCCCUGGAUGAUGUCAAGUCCACCUCCAAGGGACUGCCUAGCUACAAGCCACCGCCUCCCCCAUCACCUUUGCCCCAAGGCCACGACCACCUGAUCACCCAGACGAGGAAGCCGGGCAGAGAGGACCUCCAGCCGCCUUCCUCCGUGUCUUCCCACGCGGGCAUCGUCUUCUCUGCUCCGCGGAACCGCAGCCCGCCGGCGGGCACCUCCCCCACCCCAGAGGCCUCCUCAGCACAGGACUCGCCCUCCUCCCCCAUCUACGCCUCCAUCUCCCCGGCCAACCCCGGCUCCAAGAGGCCGCUGGACGCCCAUCUGGCCCUGGUCAACCAGCACCCCAUUGGCCCCUUCCCGCGGGUCCAGUCACCCCCGCACCUGAAAAGCCCCCCUGCAGAGGCCACGCUGGCGGGGGGCAGCCUUCCACCACCCUCCCCCUCCGGCCACCCAGACCAGACGGGCACGAACCAGCACUUUGUCAUGGUGGAGGUGCACCGCCCAGACAGCGAGCCCGACGUGAAUGAAGUGAGGGCGCUGCCCCAGACACGCACAGCCUCCACACUCUCCCAGCUCUCGGACAGCGGGCAGACCCUGAGCGAGGACAGUGGCGUGGACGCCGGCGAGGCAGAAGCCAGCGCCCCGGGCCGAGGCAGACAGGUGGUGUCCACCAAGAGCAGGAGUAGCAAGGAGACGCCUCGGAACGAGAGGACCACCGAGGGGGCCGCCAAACCGCCCGGACUCCUGGAGCCCACCUCCACCCUGGUCCGUGUGAAGAAAAGUGCAGCCACCCUGGGCAUCGCCAUCGAGGGUGGCGCCAACACCCGCCAGCCCCUGCCUAGGAUCGUCACGAUUCAGCGAGGCGGCUCAGCCCACAACUGCGGGCAGCUCAAGGUGGGCCACGUGAUCCUGGAAGUGAACGGGGUGACGCUUCGGGGCAAGGAGCAUCGCGAGGCCGCGCGCAUCAUCGCAGAGGCCUUCAAGAGCAAGGAGCGCGACUACAUCGACUUCCUGGUCACCGAGUUCAAUGUGAUGCUCUAGGGGCCAAGGCCCGGGGGCCUCCCACCGCUGCCCAGCCCCUGGCCCUGGUCCUUCCUCCCUCCUGGCACUACUGAGCUCCUUCAGGGGCCGGGGCUGCAUGGCCAGGGUAGCAGGAAGACAUCCCUCCACUCCUUCCUGGCCCACUGGACCAGAACCGGGAAAAAACAGCUGGGCAAAGCAAACAGAAGGUCAGGUCGGGGUCUGGUGCAAUGCCCAGUACACAGUAAGCCCUCAGUAUAAGCAUGAGACCUCAGGAAGGGAAGAAACUAAGGGGAAGGGCAGAGCGCCUGUGUCUUCAUCUGAGGCCUCCCAGGGCCUGGAACUCUGGGUUGCGUGGAGGCCCUGCUGCUCCCCGGCCAGCUAGGACCUGGCCCAUCCCCAGAUGCCCGAGCUUUUGUCUGGAGUGAAGUGACGUGAGAAUCCGUAGACACAGCCCCCAGCCAGGGCGGCAUCUUGCAGGACCUUCAGUGCCACAAAUAAGUAUCGAGCACCCCCCAUUCACACCCCGUUCCUCCUAGCUCCUCAUUCUCCAUAGUAUUUAUUAUUUAUUUCCAUCCCACACCCCUGGGUACCCCGGGAUCCCAGCUUCCCACCACACCCCUAGCCUAUCCCAGAGGCCUUGCAGGUGACCAGCGUCGUCAGUGUAUUUAUAUACAGAGCUUAUGACUUUAAUUUUUCAAUAAAGAGAUCUGAACAAGA